AUUGCUUCACGCAACUAGGCUGAUGCGCACUGAAGCCACGUCCGUCGAUCACUAUCAUAAAGUGGUGCAACAACUUCUGCACCAUCUGAGACACCCUUAAACCAAUGUGGUGACCCACACAUUCCGUAAAACGAGAUCAUCUCAAACAAUCGCCGCCCCUCGGGAUUUUUAUGCGCGCACUCUAUGCAAAAGCAGCCUCCCCGGCAUGAGAGAUAGAGAGGAGUAUCACAGCGAUGCUGAACCCCACCAAACAUGGCCGCUUCUAGCGACUCCACAGACAGCUGCGCGAAAGCCGAUAUUUGGUCAUCACGACCCUCUUGCCCGAGAACAAUCAUGUAAGAUGCGCGCAGUUCAUCCGCAUUAUACUCCGCACCAGAGCAUCCGCAGCCAUCCGCGUCGAGGCACAAGGGCCUCCGACCACUCUCGCGAGUCAGCCAACAGAUCGUAUCACCACUGCGACUCCGCCGGCAGCUGACAGAGACUGCAUAUUCAUUCAUAACUAAAAUCAUUAGUUAUGCACACAGUUGUUAGUAGUGAGUCCUCGCCACAAAUAAACUCCUUCAAAAAAGAGACAUCAUUUUCCACAACGGUGGAAAUCCCAAACUGGGCGCCAAGUUCUUGACAACGAACCCAUUUCGUGAACGCUUGAGAAAACGUUAUCCCUAACGUGUCAAACAUCCCUGUCUCGCGCAUCCGCGCCCACUCUACCAAUGUCGUACGAGGGGAAAAACUUUCCCCAACCACGACCCACAGCUCCGCUGGAAGGGCAGGAACAACAGC